AAAAAAGUGAUUUUAUUUGUCACAGUUCAUCCCUGAGCUGAGCCUGAGGCAGACGAGAAACAGCACGAUCACGUUGUACUAUUGACAAUAAUCAUGCCGAUCACUUGGAAGCCGGUCGAGUAUUGCCAUUGCUCCGGGUCCUGCUUGUGCAAGGACUGUUUGUGUCCCUGCAUUGGAGCGUACGAGAAUGCGCGAAAAGUGGACGCCCCAAAUGCGUUGCUGCACGGCGCCCUGACUUGCCUCUGCAUCAAUAACUGGCCCUGCGUGGUCGGCAUGGGCUUGAAAAUCCUGUUGACGGAGCACAUCGGGAAUCACACCAACGCGGACCUGGCAGUUGCCGAGUUGUACAAGAAUCCGCUGGAUUUUGGCUUGGUUUUUUCUGAUUUCUGCCACGCCUGGUGUUGCACGCCGUGUUUCUUGAACUCGCUCUCAAGAAGUGUGGACGAGUACGUCAACAGUGGGCAGUGCGAGAAGGACAAGAAAAUGAGAGAGGCAACCUCCGGCCUCAAGGUCGCGCCCCAGCAGCAGGUCAUGGUGCUCAAGCCGAUGGAGGACCCGGUCACGCAUUAGGCGGGAAGUUUGUUAGCCUUACUGUGCCCCGGAGGUUCAGGGAAUCGAUUUAUUAUGAUUCAUUUGCGCAAAGGGUAAGGGUUGAUAUUGAUUCACUAUGAUCUACGCAGAUACAACUAAAGCUCACCAUAUAUUACUGCAUCUGAGUAAAUUAGUGGUGAUGUAGUUGAUCCAUUGAUGAGUCACUGUUUCGGUUUCGUUUACAUUGAUAGAUCUGCAAGCGCCUAAGUACUUGUGCAAUCAAAUGCAAGAGUGAUGUUUUAUUUGUCUGAUACUUUUCCUUUUGUUCCAAAGACUAAGACAAAGUCCCACGACCCAGUUGGAAUUUGAUCUCGUUCCGUCUCUGCAGCCUCAAAAAGCUGAGAGACAUAAGCAAUGCUUUGCUUCUACUCCACUUAUGUUGAUUUCAAUAUUCUUCAUGCUACGUCGCACGAUCGCCAGCAGUACAAAUCAUAUGUGGGGCGAAAGGAGCAAGAGCUACGAAAAACCACACUGAGUUUACUGCAUGAAGAGCGAGCUCUUCUGUGAGUGAAUGAGGGUUAGAGUUAGUGAUUGUGACAAACUGCGUCAUCUGUGGCGUUUAAUGAUUUUUGAGCAUGAGAUACAGCCUAAGCGUCAGAUUCAGAUACUGAUACAGCUUCUCAACAUACGACGACCGAUUGUUUCAG